UUGAGUUCCUCGGCUUCUUUUGUCUCUCUCUCCCUCUUCUUCUUUGGAACUUCUUCUCAAUAUCUCGCGCUUUAUAUUGUUAAAGGGAAAAGAAAAGGUGAGGAGAAGUUCCGAAGGAGAUGGCACCUGUUUCAUUGCCACCUGGUUUUAGGUUUCAUCCUACUGAUGAAGAACUUGUGGCUUAUUAUUUGAAAAGAAAGAUUAAUGGCAAGAAAAUUGAACUUGAGAUCAUUCCUGAAGUUGAUCUUUACAAAUGUGAGCCGUGGGAUCUACCAGGAAAAUCCCUAUUGCCUAGCAAAGAUCUUGAAUGGUAUUUCUUCAGUCCUCGAGACCGUAAAUAUCCAAAUGGAUCGAGGACUAACCGAGCAACGAAAGCUGGAUAUUGGAAAGCCACAGGAAAGGACAGGAAAGUAAAUUCAGAGAUGAGGUCUGUUGGGAUGAAGAAAACAUUGGUUUAUUACAGAGGUAGAGCCCCACAUGGAGCUCGAACUGAUUGGGUUAUGCAUGAAUAUCGAUUAGACGAAGGUGAAUGUGAAGUGUCCAAUGGCUUACAAGAUGGUUAUGCACUUUGUCGUGUGAUCAAGAGGAGUUUAAAUGGUCCAAAAAAAGGAGACGACGUCAAUUAUGGGAGUGAUAGAUCCUCUGAGGGAAGAUGUGAUCAUCAUCAUAUGGAAAUGCCAUCAUCAUUUGCUACUCCUACCCCUAGUGAUGAUAACUGGAAUAUGCAAUAUUUAUCAAAUCAACCUUUUGCUUUCAACAACACUACUCACCCCAUUCCAAAUUAUGGAACUUUGCCAUAUCCCCCAUCUAAGGUUAAUAUAGCAUUAGAGUGUGCAAGGUUGCAGCAUAGGUUCGCAUUACCUCCAUUGGAGAUUCAAGACUUCCCUCAAGUUGGCUAUGUUGAUACCAAGAUGCCUCAAUCAAGUUUUAUUCAAUCUACAAAUCAAACGGAUAUUGUAGAAGAAAUCCUUUCAGUUGCCCAAGCUUCACAAAAUCUAAUCAAUCAAGACUUAUCAUGGGGUGGAAAUUCAUGUGCUCCUGUUGAUAACUUCUCUUUUCUUCCUCCUAAUAAUAACCAAAUCCAUGACUUGGAUUCAUUCCAUUUCAUAGAACAGCUUAAGGAAGAUCAGAAUGUUAGGUCCAUCGGUAUCGGAGAUUUUGGUGAGGACUUCAAAUCUGAUAGAAUGGUGGAAAAUUUGAGAUGGAUAGGAAUGUCAGACAGGGAUCUUGAGAAGACAUUUCUUGAGGAUUACAAGACUGUUCCAAUAGAAAAUGUUUCAGCUAUCCAAAGAGAAGAGAAUCAGUUUCAAGGUGAAUACAGUGGCCACCACAACAACUUAAGUGGAUUCAAUGAAACAGAAACAAACAAUUUCUCAAUAGGAUUUGGCAAUGACAAGUUGUUGGAUGAUGGAAACAUGACUGAUGGUUUAUCAAAUUCCCCAAGCUUUGAAGUGUAUGAGAAGAUUGAAGUCAAUCAUGGGUUUUUUAUAGCGACAAGGCAAACAGCCAAGACAUUCUAUCAUCAACUGACACCUUCUACGACUCUUAGGAUUCAUCGCAACCUAGUCACAGUCCAUGAUCUUCCUCUAUAUAUAGGAAAGUUUUCAGAUUCAAUAGCAAUACCUAAAGAGAGAAACUUUUAUGAUAAUUUUGUUAAGAAAGUCACAAGACCGUGGACAACAACUAUGAGAACUUUGGUGAGUAUGGUUGCAUUUUUACAUACUUUUUUUUGGAUAUGUUUUGGGGAAUGCUUGGACGAAAAAGGUUCUCAAUUAGAAGACAAGAGGGGUGUCAGUGUCAAUGAAGAAUGCUUAAUGGAGAGGGAGGAGAAAAAGAAAGCUCAAGAUUAUAAAUGGGAUUAUUGUUAUAAACAAAACAAAUUCCCAAUUGUUGAUAAAGAAGAAGAGAAAUAUUGCAAUGUUGCUGUGGAAAAGAAAUGGCCUUAUCUCACCCUUGUUGUAGCUCUUUCUACCAUUUGGUUGCACCAUAUUGUCCCUUCUUUUUGAUUAUUUUUUUUUCUUGUAUUGCUAACCAUAAUUGUUGUUAAGGCAUAACUUAGAGGCCCCUGCCUUUUAAUACCAAAAGUGUAGCUGUAUUUUGUUUUUUCCAUAUA